CAGCAAGUUUUAAUUUUUUUGGUAUACUUUUUAAGGUCAAGAUGUUUGGGAGACAUUUGGCCAUCACAGGGCCACGCCAGUUGAGGAACAUUGCAGCUAGAAAUCUUCAUCUGUCUGGGGCUUCUUACCAAGCCACUGAUCCUAUCCAGCAAUUAUUUGUUACUAAGAUUAGGGAGUAUGCCAACAAGAAGAAACAGCUCAAGCCAGGAGAGGUGUUGGUGGAUGCUUCACCUGAAGUUAUACAGAACUACAAUGACAGUUUAAACAGAAUCUAUAAAAUGCACAACCUAACAAAGGCCAAUGCAACUGCUGUCCCUGACCUCAAAUUUCAAGAUAAAGCAGUCCAAGUUAUUGAGCUUGAUAGUGUAAGUAUGGAAAAUUUCACUCCAGAAUUUCCGGAGGAUAAGAUAGAUCUUUCUGCAGAGAACCCCAAGGUCGGUGACCUUCACAUGCGAGUGUUAGGUUUUGAUCCGGAGAGAAAUGCUCCAGAUGACGUUCCCUCAAAGAUUGCAGCGUGAACUAAAGAGCAUGUAUAGAAAAACUUUAACAUUUAAUUCAUAUACAGUGACUUGAUUUGUGCUGAAAUAAGACUUUAAUCAGUUGUUGUAAAGUAUGAAGCUGUUGGUGUGACAGAUGUUGGUUAGGAACAUAGAGUAAAAAUAAAUCAUCUGAACAGUU